ACCGAAACGUGGGGAACUGGCAGCAGCAAUAUCCUCCCAUUCAGCCACAUGAGCAUCAGUGAUGCUGGGUGAUGAGGCCCGGCUCACAGAUGGAUUUCCAGAUCAUCCCAAAGGUGUUGAAUGGGUGUGAGGUCUAAGCUGUGUGCAGGCAAGUUCACACAAAAAAAUGAGCAGGCCCUACCCGAACCUCUGCUACACAGACGAAAUUACAUUUUAGUCUAAAAUAUCCCCGUGUCAUGUAGCGUAAACAUUUCUCUAAACUGGAAGCAAGAGGCGCAUAUCCUAAAAACCCCAGAUUAAAUGUAUGGAGCCAUACAGAAAAUGAAUCAAUAGUUUAGAUCUACUUGCUCUAAGCUGCUUUUCUGACACGUUUAGCUGUUUGUGGAAUAUAAAUGGGAAAUAGAAAAAUGUUUUAAUUGGGGAUUUAAUUGGUUUCCAAGCAAUUGUCUUGUUUUCAAAUGCAUGCGUUUUAAUGAAUUUCCCCUUUGGUGCAGCGGAAGCGAUUACACACAAUUAGUCAAGCUAUAAAAUUCACGGUAAACAUUAACACUGAAAUUUCCACCUUUUACGACUUUCCUCUUGCGACCAAAGUUUAGCAUUUGCUUGAAUGCAAGUAGUGGGGAAUUAUUUUUAAAAUUCAAAGCUUCAAAUAACGGCUAACGCAACAAAAUCUUCCUAGCAACAUCUAGCAGUGCUCAAUAUGCUGAUAUGUCCUUGACAUAACCCAGAUAGCGACCCAUAAGGCCAACAAGACAGCCAUGUCUUGUUUCUAAAACAAGGUCAGAUCUGAAUGUGUCAAUGUGUUUUGCCAAGCGUGUAUGACCCCGUGAGGUUUGGUUUUUGGUCUGGGUAGAAAAUAGUGGGUCAGGUCACUAACGUGCCCCUAGAUUGGGAAAAAAAAAAAAAAAAAAAGAUUGGGGCAGCCAUUUAAAAAGGGCACUGGUCACAGUCCUGUGUGCUGAAUCAUGCUGCUUAUGCAAGAGGCUGGGGGUUGCUGUUCCAGCUGGAGGGAAAAUAUGAGAGCUGCUACAGUUGCCGGGAUCUGAACCCAGUGGGUGACAAUCAAAUAUGUGGACCCAGAGAUGCAUGAUUUGGUCCACGGUGCUGACGUGCCAGAGAGGAUGAAAUUUAAAUGAGGAUAUGAUAUAAAAGUAUGAAUGUAUGAAGCCACUGAGUAUAAAAAGUAUAAAAAAUAAAAGGUAACGAAUAGCCAUGUUGAAUGGUUUAGAACGGGUAAGCAUUUUGAAAUAUAAUUACAGUCAAAGUUCUUUUUGCAAUGGGAUGGGUGUUUUUGGUUGUGCCAUACGCAGCCCUGAUUCUUAAGGGCGUCAGUAGACGUUAGUUAUUAUGUGACAAUAUACAGUAUUAGCAACACAAAGCAGUAAGACAGUGCAGUCCGAUCUUCUUACUGUUCCUUCUAGAGUUUUAAGCUAAGUAAGCAUAUCACUGGAUGUAAAAUACGCCCCAAAGUGCAGGAUGACUCAUCAGCUUUUUUUUUUUUUUUUUUUUUUAAAUAAUUUUUCAAGAAAGAAAACUUGGUGGCAAAUUAUUAUUAUUUUUGCAACAGUUGGCCCAGGAGCUGCUGUAUAAGUGGCAUAUAAAUAAAGUGUAGCAUAGAAUAGAAUAUUAAAGAGUACACAGAACCUGAUAUUUGAGGGGGGUGGGUUAAAACUUCUCAUCACAUUUCUAUAUAUGUAUUUUAUCCGCUCGACUGAUAAUGCAUGAUUAUACCUGCAUUACAGUAAGACAAAAUAAAUCAAUAUUGAGUUUUCCCUUUUUGCAAUAAGCUAUUAAUACAUGUGUUAAUAAUGUGUAUUUUCCUGUUUUCAACUGAAAGUGCAGCUGCAGCAAAUCAUCUUAACAGCACAGCAUCUCCGGUUUCCUAAUGUGCUCCUGCAUCGGGCGUGAAAACAUUCCCCACAAAAAUUGCAUUAAACUGUACUCCCUGGUCAUUUGUUCACAUCAGUAAUUACCUGUCUGUUGAGAGUCAAACUAACAUCUGCCUGCACAGCAGAAAGCUGCCAUCGCUAACCUGUCUAUAUGUGCACGCUGUGCAGAUCUCCGUUUCCAAAGACACGACUAGGCAACGUGAGCCCAGUUUCAGAGGAACACUGUCAGUCUGUAACAAUGCUGUGUUCGUCUCUUCUUUAUGUUUUUUUUCCAAACAGUUUCUUUUAUAAAAAAGAAAAAAGAAAAUGUCCAUGCUGACUCAGUUCAAACAAAUGUUUACAGAUAAUCCCAAUGUUCAGAUAUCUGGCAUUUUGCAAACAAAACACAAAAGUCUGAGAGUUUUAGGUAUUAUGUAUCAAGCAAAGACAUGAUUCCCAGAUAUGCUGUCCUGAUUCCUCAGCUGCAGAAGGAGCAGUUCUCCUAUUUUGGAGGAGGUAGAUGUUCAUGAAAAAUGACAGAACAACUAUGCAAAUACCUUCGAUUGCUAUAUUUACAGAUGGUAUUCUUAAUAUCUGUAGACAAGACUGUUAGAUGUGAUACGACAAAGUCAAAUAUAGGAGGUUGUCAUCUCCUUAAAGAUCCAGAGACCAAGCAUUUUAUAAUUUAAUACCAAAGUGCUAUGGUGAUAAUGUGAUGGAAAAGACAGUGUGAAAAAUGUCCCUUCUGUCGCUCCCAGGUAAGUAAACAGAAAGGUUUGAAAUGGGAAGUCGCUCACUGUUGACAGAGAGCAGUCACGGCAGAUAAGCCGAGGAGGAUAAUUGUUCUAUCUGAUUCAGAAUCUAUAUGAGCGCGUGGAUUGUUUGCUUAUUGUAAAUCAGCAAGCAGAAGGAGAAUUAUAUUUCUGUCAGAGCCUCAGAGGCACGCGGCGCUGUCAAGACGCCAACACCUUAAUCGUGGCACCGAGGAAAGAUAAUUCAUUAUCUCUGCCUGAUUCUCCUUAGAGGGUUAUUUUACAGUUCUCCGACAAAACUUUGUCUCUUUGCAGGUAUUAAAUUGUUUAUUUAUUUUAUUCCACAUUCUGUUGGAAAAGUGCAAACACGCACACCACCCCAAAUUAUUAACUCGGAGGCCGGACAACAAAGAAUCACGACAAACCUAAUGAAGCGCCGAAACAAAAUGCAGACCUCAUACGUCUUCAGCGUGCCAUUACCGUUGUUAACUAGGUGUGUUUCAAUGUAUUUGUAAGUGCAGUGACUGAUGACCGCCGUAAAAGACAGUAAGCCUCAUCAGCUCAGAAAGUGGAAGAGGAGAAGGUGGAGUUGGUAAUGAAAGAGGCUACGAAUGGUAAAAGAAUGAUAAACUGGAGAUAUCGGUUUCACAGAGAGAAUUAAACGCAUGGCGGAAAUCUGCCGAGAUUAUAAUGAGGGCAAUGUUAACCUGGCAGUGUUUUGGUAAAUGUGUGCAUUUUGCAUAAAAGACACCAAAGAUCUGGCGCCAAAAAAGACAAGCAAGGGAUUUCUAUGUAGGAUGAAUAUACUGUGCAUGCAUAUUGACAGAGAUAACUAUGUGUAAUGUACAUCCACCUCAGCAUCUCCAGACUGACUGGCAUGCAUAUGUGAUAAAAGCACUUUUAAUCAUAUUUCUUCAGUAAUUAGAGUUUCCUCCUUUCUCCCUAAUCUUACGAGAGCAUAUGUGUUUCCGUUGAGUGGGAUGUAAUAGCCAGGAAAGGCUCCUCGUCUGAGCCACUCAUUACCGAUGAUUAACACAGCGUCUUUCUCCGUGUCUCUCAGGAAACAUGGUGAGCAAGGAGGGCGGCAAAUGCAUGCUCACCAACUCAGAGUCUGACUCGGAGGCAGCACCCUUGCCCUCCACCUCGCUGGCACUGGAGGUGAAGUAUUCCCUUGAAGCCAGCCGACAGGUGAGGAAGAGAAACAAAGCCUUGCAAGUGCGCUUCAAGGACAUCUGCGAGGCGCAGAACGAGCAGAGGGAGGCGGAGCUGCAGGCAGCGGGGAAAGGAGGCAAGCCGAUGUCGUACAAAGUGGCGUACCGCAAGUACAUGACCGUCCCGGCGCGCCGAUCCAUUCCGAACGUCACGAGGAGCACGGGCGUCCAGACGUCCCCUGACCUGAAGAAGCGGUACCAGACCUUUCCCUUUGAGCGCAAGAAAGGGCACACCUUCAAGCACGUGGCGGCUGUGGAAACUUACAAAGGUCAGAAUAACGGUUUUGUCAUGGAGGUGAAGCCGUCCAAGGCGGCGGAGCAGCAGGGUUUGGUAGACGAGGAGGAGGAGGGAGCCUGCGGGGGGAGCGGAGUCCUGAGGACCAGGGCUCUGCUCCAUACUAAUGAGUGCAUUGCCACAGUGGAGCAGCACACUGCACCUGAUGGCCUGUGCUCUGACGCUCUGCUGCUCAGUUGCACUGCAGACACAGACUGCCUUGCAGACACACCGAGAGCAAGCGGAGCUGGAGCACAGGCGGAGUACCAGCUCUGCAGCAUUCCGUCCAACGUCAGAACCGGAUUACAACACAGGGAGGCCGAAACAGACCGCUCGGCCAAGAGGCAGCUGCUCAAUUUGGAGGAGGGGUCGUCCCGAACCCUGCCGGACAGGGCCUCUAAGGUUACGGGCCCCAUUGCCUGGAACUCCCUCACACAGGUGGAGUGCCUGGACAGUCCGUCUGUGCGAAGCAAGAGGAAGAAGGGCCUGCAGCUCAACGGGCUGUCGAGUGAGACGCUACCGCGGUCCAGCGGAGGCUGUACAACGCAGGCACAGUGCCACACUGGACAGUUGUCUGCCCGGCCUAUACGGGCCAUGGAGGAGCCUCUGUCACCCUGUAUAGGUGGUGAGGCUGAUGGGGCACCACCUGACCACACACAGGAAGGCUGUAAGCAAAUAGUGCCUAUGAAUCAGGAUGGAGAUGUUAAAGCACAGCUCCAGGCCAUGGAAAAUCUCAUCAGCUCCAGUCAAGAGACCAUCAAGGUGCUGCUGGGGGUCAUCCAGGAACUGGAAAAGGGAGAGGCCCACAGAGAAGGACUCUCCUAUCGAACCGGACAGGACACGGCCAACUGUGACACAUGCCGGAACAGCGCAUGCAUUAUUUACAGUGUGGAACUGGACUUCAAGCAGCAGGAAGACAAGCUACAACCACUGAUGAAGAGGCUCUGCCCCACGGAGGACGGCCACUUCCUUCCCCUGCCUUACCCCCAGGAGGCCUUCACCUCUACCCCGAAACGCAAGUCCAAAGCUGACUCCAAGAAGCAUGCUCGCUGGAAACUUUGGUUCUUGUGAAAACACAGGACCACCUCCUCUCCUGCAACCAAUGCACAGGAUUUAAACAUCCCGUCCUGUCGUACAUAUUUAUUUGGUAUAUCCAUCGUCUUCUGUUUUAUCUCCUUGGAUUUUAUAGACCUGGUAACCACUAUAAAUGGAGAGCUCCACAACUGGAUACUGAACUGACUGGAUGAGCAAUGGGACACGAGUAUGGAUUCCAUGGAACAUUCAAAAUGUCAUGCCAACCAAAAACGGAUUCAGAGUUAUUUUUGAACUAAUUUCUUCAAACAGGGUGUGAAAUUACACCAGGGAAACAUAUUUGGAGUUCGGCAAGGUGAGAAGACAAAUUUGAUUUCCCGCUGUCUGUUUGCAUAUAUUUUUCUAACUGACAUCAACAGGCUCCUGUUCCUUGAUAACGGCUCAGUGUCCGUCACAUGUGAGUCCACCCGUUGGGACUGUCUUUCUUCCCAGCCUCCAGGAGAGGCUGGAGGUUCAACCAUAAAGCUUUGAGGCCUCCAUAAACAGCAUAUCACUGUACUGCAAAGCACAAUUAACCCUGUUCAGGACACAUUUUUCUCCAGAAUAAUAAUCCAAAAGAACUAUUUUGAGUAUUAACUCACACAUGUACUAACAGUGACAGAUUGAAGACUUUCAUAUAUAAAGAAGAGACCUAACGGACAAAAUGUUUAACGGAGCUCUACGGUCAACUUUCUAUCUAUCACUAAAAUGUCUCAUUGAAUCGACUGACUUUGAAGCAAAGAAUGAAUAAAUAACACUUAUUUUCUUAAUAACAUUUGCAAA